UACUCCUCCAACAGGAGCAAAAAACUUGUGUGAAUUUGCCCGAGGGAGCCGGGCAGGAGGAGGCCGCCAGGCUACCUAAACAGACCUCUUUCCACGGUGGCGAAGCCGAGCGUAAUGAAAGGAGAUCAGCCAGCAGCCCUGGGGACCACUGUGCUACCGAUAGCCAGGAUCCAACUCGACACACAUCGGACACCACUUUGCACGGCAAGAUGCAGAGGUGUACCUGUCUCCUGUUUGCCUCCUUGAUCUUCUGCGCUGCUGUCUCAGAGACUUUCGGACUGGUGUUAUCCGCUAAAGAGAAAAGGGGAUGGACUAUGAAUAGUGCUGGUUAUCUGCUUGGUCCACGUCGUAUUGAUCGGCUCCUCAAGGAAAUGCCCCGUGCAAGGGGGAGAGAAGAGCCACCGGGGGAAUAUGCAAUUGACAGAGUUUUUAAUGACAAGCCUGGUCUAGCUGGUAAACGUGACAUACAGCUUGAAGGAAAUACAAAAGCAGGCAUUUUUGGAAGACCACUGACUGAUGACAAUGUUAUGCGUAUAGUAAUUGAAUUUUUGACAUACUUACACCUUAAAGAAGCUGGGGUUCUUGAUGACAUACCUACAACAGUUUCUUCAGAAGAAAUAAAUCAGUCUUGAAAGAGAACGUAUUUAUACUCUGCGUUAUAAAUUCCCAACAUGUAAUCAAAACUUUGAACAAAAUAUGGCAUUGUAUCCACUUUGUACAUUCUUCCUCAUUGUCAACUUCUUUUUGUCUUUUCUUUCUUUGGUGAUGUUUCAUUGUAAAAAAAAAACAACCAUUGAUAAAAAAU